ACCGUCAUGGCGGCCUGAGAGUGUUGUCGAAUUAAAAAAAAAAACUCCUGAGGGAGAUUUUAAAAAUAAAAAAAACCUGAGGUAAACCAUGUCCCCCCACGUUCAGCCUUGUUUCCAACUGCUUCGCAUCGGCGCGCCGGCGUCUGGCCACGGCGUGCGCGACCUCUACACGUUCGUGCCGGGCGGCGAGCGCUGCUCGGCCGAUCUGGGCCGCGCUGAGGGCCGCGUCCACGUUUGCCUUCGCUCGGCGUCGCGGCCCGCGCUGCUGUCGCGUCUCCACGCCUCCCUCACGGCCGAACGCUGCGGCAAUGGUCGCGGUGCGGGGGCGAGGAGGUACCGGGUCUACAUCACGGACCACAGCUCCAGCGGCACGAGUGUGAACGAGCGGCGAGUGGAGCGGGGGCACCGGGUGGAGCUGCACGAUGGAGACACGGUGUUGCUGGGCCCCGCUCAGACCAACGCUCGCGGCGCCGACUCAGAGUUCCUCUUCCUGUUCCAAAAGGUGGACGUGAGGCCGGACGACUUCGACGCGAUCCCGAUGUCCAGCUGCUCGCCGCGUCGCCGCCACUCCGCGCCGGCCACGCCUCCCGCCACGGCGGCGGCGACGCCCCCGGCCCCGGCGACGCCGGUGACACCGACGCCGGCACCGCCGCCACGCGCCCUCAUCCUCACCUCCAUCGGCAGCAUCAGCAAGCUUCAGGCAUCCUCGCUCACCUACCACCCUGGUCGCGGCGUCAACGGCGCCGCCGCCGCCGCCACUCCCGCCGACCCGGUGGGCCACACCGACUCAGCCGGCACGGAACAGCAGCAGCAGCAACAGCAGCAACAGCAGCAGCAGCAGCAGCGUAGGCAGCGGCCGGCUUCCGAGUCGGACCCCCUGCUGGCGCCCCCCCGCAAGCGGCAGCGCAAGCCGGUGCACACGGUGCGGCGCGACCUGGACACGGAGGUCACCGCCAGCCGACCCCACCGCGACCUCCGCUGCCCAGAGGUCGCGGUGACCCGGAGGCUCCUCUCGGAGGGAUUGUCACGAUCGCCGCCGCCGUCGUCGUCGUCGCCAUCGCCGCCACCGUCGCCGCGGUCUCGCUCCUCGUCCGACGAUGAUGAUGAGGACGACGAUGAGGACGACGGUGACGGUGCCAGUGGUAAUGACGAGGAGGAGGAGGAGGAGCGGCGCUUGAUGGAGUCGCGCACAGCGGGAUGUGGGGGGGGUGCGGGGAGACCUCAGGGGGGGCGCGGAGCCCACAGAGGAAGUGGAGGCGCCAGGAGGAAUGCUGGGAGCUGCCAGCGCACCACCGGAACUGGGAGACCGCGCGGCCGCCCCAGAAAGAACUCCUCUCCACUGGCGGCGCCGGCGGCGGCGGCGCCAUCGCCGGCGUCGCUCGCCAGGACCCCAAGUUCUUCCUCCAAGACGGCGCCGUCUCCCGUCAGCGUCCCCAAGUCGCUCGCCCGGCCGCCGCCCGUAUCCCUCGGCUGGAGCCUCUCCGGCAGGGCCCCGCCGCCGUCGCUCGCGGCAACGGCGGCAAAGAGCCCAGCGGCGUCAAGGAAAGCUGUGGCGGCCGUCAGGAGCCCUGUCGGAGCGGCGGGGGCGAAGGACGCCGUGACAAGCACGGCGAAGGACGCGGCCGUGCCUGCGCGCGGUUCGGUGUGGAACACGGCGAGGGGCCUUGGCGGUGGAGGCACGGUUGAAGAGGAGGACGAGGAGAGUGACGAGGAGGAGGAGGGGGCGGUGGCCGCGGCGGCGGCGGUGCCUGUGGUCGCGGUGGGGGGGGGCGGCGGGGAGGCUUGCGCCGCGCGCCGCUGCCUGCGCCCGCAGGAUGAGACGCUGGACUGGGUGCAGUGCGACGCGUGCGACGCCUGGUUCCACAUGGCGUGCGUGGGAUACCGCCCCGAGCACGGGGACUUCCACUGUGGGUGCUCCUAGCGAGGGCCGGUGGUGGGUGGGUGGGUGGAGGAAUGAGUGAGGGAGUGAGGGAGGGAGGGAGUGAGUGAGGGAGGGAGUGAGUGAGUGAGGGAGGGAGUGAGUGGGUGAGUGAGUGGGUGAGUGGGUGGGUGAGUGAGUGGGUGGGUGAGUGGGUGGGUGGGUAGGUGGAUGAAUUAGGGGGUGAGUGGGUGGAUGAAUUAGUGGGUGAGUGAAUGAGUGAAUGAAUAAGUGGGUGGUGAGUUAGGGGUGGAUGGGUAAGUGAGACGGUGAGGGGGUGGGUGGGUGAGAGUGGGGGGGGGGAAUGAGUAAGUGGGUGGAUGAGGGAGUUAGUGAAUAAGAGAAGGGGUGGCCGAGUGAGUGAGGGGUGAAUGAGUGAAGGGGUGGGUGAGUAGGUGGGUCGAUGGGUACAAACACAGACAUGGAGGCAGAGUGACACACAGACAUUAACGCACACGGUGUGAUUGAAUUGGUGAGUGCAUGAGUCUGGGCGAUUGCGUGUCAGAGACAACGCUGCCAUGGUGGGUACCCUGGCAGUGAGCACACUUAGACAAUGUACACUCACACAGGCGGUGUCGUCUUGACGACAGUGUUGCCAUUGUAACAACGGCGCUCGUCAAUGUGUCUAGAACAGGGGUGGGGAACCUUUUUUUCUGCCAAGUGCCACUUGGAUAUUUAUAUAACAUCAUUCGCGGGCCAUACAAAAUUAUCAACUUCAAAAUUAGCCCGUUAUAUUUGGUCAAACGUUUCAUUAACUCACCCAUAAUGCGAUGGCUGGAACUGCUUCUCUCUGGCGAGGCGUGUGAUGAUGUUAGCUGCUGGUGUUGAUGAUGUUGUUGCUACUCGCAACUGCUUUUCCAGGUUUGCUCCUAGAAUUAUUGAAUUUCGAGUCCCGUCUGCGGUUGCCUUGGCAGGGCCAGACCCAAAUGAUUUCGCGGGCAUCAUACGGCCCGAGGGCCGGACGUUCCCCACCCCUCGGCAAUCAUAUUCACAAGGCUCCUGUGUGUUGACAUGUUUGAGCCCCUUCUGUUUUAAAGGAGUUUAAUUGGGGAGUAGUGGCGCAGUGGUUAGCACCCUGCGCUACGAACCCCGCGACCCGAGUUAGAUUCCUCCCCCCCCCCCCUCACGAUCGCCACCGGUGACGAUUAUCUGAAUUGUUCGUGGGGCCUCUGUGCGAGUACCUGGUGCAGGGCUAAAUUGUGGGAAGCAUGGAGUAGCGAAAUCCAUUGUACUGUUCGCUUACGUAUGCUCCCCGUCUUCAGCGAUCUGCACUGACCAGCGUGGUGAAGUGUGCUCAAGUGACAUCGCACGCCAGUCGAUGGACAAGAGGCUGGAUGUGUACGGGGAGGGAUGAUGUCGAGGGUUUGUGUAAUGCAUCUUUCUUAAUCCCGUUCCAAAUGUUAUCGCCACGAAAGUUCCCGUGGCGUUUACCGUAUUAUCCAGAUCACAAGAUGUUCUAGAAAUCAAGACUCGGUGUCAUUAAAACUAUACAGAUCUGGUCUCACACACACAGGUGCACUUAAAUACUUCACACUCAAAAGUGCAAGAUUCCCCGGUUUAGCCUCAACAGACUUGGGGCACGUGCUGUUAGUGAGCAUCGAUAAAUAGCGGCACGGCACACGAGGGGGUGGAUGGCAGAGGUCGCAACCGGGUACCCGAUACCCGUACCCUACCCGAUACCCGGCUACCAUUACCCGGCCGGGUACGGGUAGCCGUUUGCGACCCUGGUGCGGCCGGGUACGUGUACGGGUAGGCCGUGAGUCACUGGUGAGUCACCGUUUGUCACUCAUUUCGGGUAGGGUACGGGUACGGGUAGGGUACGGGUACGGGUACGGGUAGGGUACGGGUAGGGUACGGGUACCCAUUUGCGACCCUGGUGCGGCCGGGUACGGGUAGGCCGUGAGUCACUGGUGAGUCACCGUUUGUCACUCAUUUCCCAACGUCUUGUCUCUUCUCACAAUUCAAGUUCCUAGAAUCAACCCACCCGCGCCUGCAACAUGGCUUCAUCCCAGAGGUCGCAACCGGGUACCCGAUACCCGUACCCUACCCGUACCCGGCAGCUGUUCUAGACUAAUUUCAGGGUGCCGAUUCCAAAUCUGAUCUCAGAUUUGCUCUAUCACAUCUCAUUUUUAUGCUAUCGGCAUCACCCAUUUUUAUUGAUUUUACCCGAAAUUAACUCUCACUUAUGAUUGCAAGUUGUUGCGAGUCAGUGACUGCUUUAGUGUUAAAAUAUGGUGCUGUAUUUUUAGGAUAGUGUGUUUAUAAUAUCAUUUUAUGUAGAUAUCCACAUUUAUUUAAUAUUUUUCUUCUGCAGUUUUUAUUGAAAAUGCAAUAUUUGAUAUCUCAAAAACCUGAUGUGAUAGACAAAAACUGAUGCCAGAUUUGGAAUCAGCACCCCAAAAUUACCUUAAAACCUUUGGAAUACCUUAUGCCAGACAAAAGUGUGACCAGUUUCGAUUUAAAGCUUUCGUGACUGCAGGGAUUCAUCUUCUUGGUUCUUUCGGUAAAGUCACGUAGAAUGGAAA